UUGGCAGCAGCCUUGGCGGGACUCAUUACCUCCGACUGCGACUCCACGCUAGCAUCACGAAGGAUUCCAUAUCCGCCCCUAAGUCAGUUGGGGUAAGCUUGAGAGUCAGGAACAUCGGGUCUCGGCUCCCAAGAAAUGGAGGAGUAGUGUGUUUCGCGAGGCUCGAAUAUUGUCUUAUUCUCGGUGACUAAAAUAUAAAGCCAACAACCACCACCCCCAGUCAUCCCAAACCACUGCACACAUCCCAACCCCCUCAACUCCAAGAGUUGCACACAAUCAACCACCACAAUCAUGCCCCACACAUUCUACGACAGCACCAUCCCCGUCCUCACUGGCAUCCUCACCACCCUCUCCCACGUCCUCCACCAAGCCGAAGCCCACCGCCCCGCCUCGCCCACCAGUUUUCUGACGGCCCGCCUGCACGAGGCCAUGUACCCCCUCGCGGACCAGAUCCGGCUCGCCACCAAAUUCAGUGCCCUGCUGGUCGCCCGGCUGACAGACCAGCCCGAGCCGACGGGAUUCGAAAACAACCCGACCAGCCUGUCCGAGUGCUAUGACUGUAUCACGGCGGUGCUGACGAUGGCGCGUGCGGCGGACAAGGAUGUGGUGAAUGCACAGGCCGAUGUGCUGAAGCCCACGCCGGUUGGGCCCGGGGUGACGGUCCCGAUGAGCGGGGCGCGGUAUGCGCAUCUGGUGGUGUUGCCGAAUGUGUAUUUCCAUUUGACGACCGCAUAUGGGAUUCUGAGGAUGGAGGGGGUGCCCUUGGGGAAGAGGGAUUAAUAUGAAGGGUUUGUGCCGUUGAUGGGGGCGGAGGGGG